AUAAUGGCUUAGAAUUGACCCAAAAGUCGCAUUUAUUGCUAAAAAGCAAGUCAUGUGCCAUUCAAGUAAUUUAAAAUGACGAGAAUUGUGACGAAAUAAUUCAAUUGGAGAAUUUUAUUUUUAUUUUUAUUUUUAUUAAACACAAAUGAGAAAGUUGGAGAACCAAAAUCGUCUAUAAAAUAGUUUCAGUUUGCAUAAAUUCAGAGACAGUAAAAAACCCUAGCUACAAAAUACCAUUCGAGAACUUAUUCUCUAAAUUCAAAUUUACAUCAUUUUUUACCCCCACCGCCAAGUAAUUUUCACAGCAUGAAAUCCAGUUGCAGCUGAGGAGGCGCUGAAGGCGACCGUUAGAUGCCAGAUUUGUGAUUAACUAAUUAAUUUUUUAUUGUCCUUCUUUAAAAUGUGUCAAUUUUUCUGUGUGGCCAAUUUAUUCAAAAAGGAUAAGAUACCAUACAGCUGCUUUUCUCUUCUUCCCCUCUUCUCCUUCAUUUGAAUUUGGCACCAAUUCUCUCCCUCGCAGCCAUGGGCAUGGCUUCUGUCGUCCACAACGGCGUACACAUUCCUCUGAAGCUCAGUUCACGCUUGCCUAGGGUUUCAUCACCAUCUCCAGCCCCAAAGUGGGCUAGGCCUCACUUAUUUCACCUUCAUAUCCCUCGCAUCCGCACAGGUGGUCACAGUCGUCGUGGCCAAUCUGCGCCGAUUGCACGUUCUAGAACAACUGAGCAAGAUGAUGAUUUAUCCACUUCAGAAGGUGAGAGGGUCGAUUCUCAGUCACAUGAUGACAUUGGUGAUGUGGACACCUCUCACACUUCCUCUCCAGAGAAAACGCAGGGACGUGAAGCUUAUGUUUCUUCCGUAAGAACUGUAGCCUUGUGGGUGUGCGCUGCGGUAGCAUUUGGUGUCGGUUUGGGUUUCAAAGAUGGAGUUGGCAAGGCAACGGAGUUUUUUGCUGGGUAUUUGCUGGAGCAAAGCUUAUCAGUGGACAAUCUGUUUGUCUUUGUUCUGAUUUUCAAGUACUUCAAAGUGCCAAUCAUGUAUCAGAAUCGGGUGCUUUCAUAUGGUAUUGCUGGUGCAGUCGUCUUUCGUUUCACAUUAAUACUCCUAGGAACAGCCACACUGCAGAGGUUUGAGGCGGUGAAUCUUUUCCUGGCUGCAAUACUCCUUUACUCAUCCUUCAAGCUAUUUACCAGUGAAGACGAUGACACUGAUCUAUCCAACAACUUUGUUGUGAAGACCUGCCAGAGAUUUAUCCCUGUCACGUCGAGUUAUGAUGGCAAUAAAUUUUUCACAUUUCAAGAUGGCGUGCAAAAGGCCACACCUUUACUUCUCACGGUAGCAGUUAUUGAGCUCAGUGAUAUAGCAUUCGCUGUCGACUCCAUACCAGCAGUUUUCGGUGUUACUCGGGAUCCUUUCAUAGUGUUCAGUUCUAAUCUUUUUGCCAUCGUAGGUUUAAGAUCACUUUACACACUCAUUUCUGAGGGUAUGUCAGACUUGGAGUAUUUACAGGGUUCCAUGUAUCAACGGAGGUGUCUCUUGGCUUUGUAGCUACAAGUCUUAGUACUGGGGUGCUGUUAAGUCUAAUGAAGAAGUCUGACUAGCUCAAGAAGCCAUUCAAGCUCAGGGCAGGUGAAAAAUCUGUAUUUCAUCUUUAUUUUGUUUUUGUUUUUUUUUGGGUAAUUUUUUUUUCCUUUUUAUUAUUUCCUAGGCAUUUAAUCUUUGCCCUUUACUAUUGAAAAUAACAGUAGCAAUUGGUCUUAACAUGUGAAUGCUAUUGUUAUCGUAAUAGCGAGGAAAGCAAUUAUGAAAUCUUGCAAGGUUGAAAGAAGAAAGUGUUUCUUUCGUUCUUGCAAAGCGUUGGACCAUGCACAACAACGAUAAACCAGGAAGGCUAUUUCAUCCAUGAUUAUUUGGGGGAAUCAACCCAAUGAGUUCUGUAAGAGAUAGCUUUCAUUUGGUUAUAAAUUGUAAUGAGAAGCAGUGGGAUGGAUGGAAAUAAAAAUGUCAAGUCUCUAUAUAGCAUAUGCUACUGUAAUUCCUUUUAGCCAAAGUAUUUAUUUCUCUCUUUUUGGCUAAA